UGGCUGGGCUGGUUCGUGCUCCGCCUUCUCCUUCUUGGUCUUCCGGGGAGUUCAUCUCAAACUCUCUUUUCCCCUCCUUCCGUAUCAGCCCUCCCCCCAUUCCCAACCCCGGCGUGACGGAGGCGCUCGGAGAGAUGCCCCGUGGCGGUAGCAGCAGCCGCCUCUGCCGCAGCGGCCGGAAGCGAAGAAAGACGUGGGAUACAGAAUGCACACUCUUUCCAGGAGAGAGUGUAUCUAGCUUCGGAAAAGAAGAUGCAAAUACAUCCCUCUCCAAAGCAUGGCUUAAGUGUGGUGAUGGCUUUCAAAGUGACUCUGUGCCGCCGAUUAUAGAAUUGUCCACUGAGAUGGCUGUUAUGAAGAAGCACCUUGAAUCCUCCCUCAAGCCUAAGGAAGUAGCUUUUCCAUCUGAAGCUUCAAAGGGACCUUCUGACAUAAUAUGGAGCUCUAGUGGGAGUGAUCUCUCAGAAGAAGAUAAAGAGAUGCCAUGUCAAUCUCAGAAAUAUAAAAGAUGUUCUCCCAACAUAGAUGACAGCAGCAGUGAAGGUGAGCCUCAAUUCAUUGACUGGGAGAAUGAUAGUAAUAGUGAAGAAGGUGGUGAUAAUGAAUGUCCUGAAUUUGGAGAAAAUGAGAGUGCUGUGGAAAUAUCAGACUGUAUUUCCUGUGCAAGCAGCAGUCCUCGGACUAGUGAGGAGAGAGAACACGACUUUUCUCAAAUAAGUUCCACUGAAAUUUUGGAAUAUUCCUCAGAUGUUGAAAAACAAGAAGAUGUAAAGAAUGUGUUACCCACCAAUUUAGGAGCUGCUCACAAAUACCACUUGAAUUUUGGAUUAGAUUUAGAACAAGACAAAGGAAGACCUGCAAGUGACUGGAUAAAAUCUGCACAGGUCCUUUUACAUACCCCUAAGAAAGAAACAGAUAAGACUCCUAGGACUCCAGAAGAUUCUGCAAAAAAAAAGAAAAAGAAACUAUUAAGGGGGGGACUAGCAGAAAGGUUAAAUCGAUUACAGAACAGAGAGCGGUCUGCCAUAACUUUUUGGAGGCAUCAGAGUUCAUCUUCUAACAAAACGCUUCCAGGCAAAAAAUCUGGAGUGUUGAUUGUAAAGAUUAUAGAGAUGCAUGAAGAAUGCACAAUGCAGAUUGCCAUCUGUGAGUUGUUAGAGAUGUCUCCUGCUGACAGCCCUUCUAAAGAUGCUAUCCUGGACCCUGGAACCCAACUCAAGGUCCUGUUCACGAAGGAAACUGCAGUUCACCUAAAGGGAGGUCCACAGGAUAUCAUCCAUAUCUACCCUCCCUGGCAUAAGCUGCUUCUUCAUGAUAAAAGUAUUCCUAUUAUUAUGAACACAUACUUUUGCCAGAAAGUUGUCAUCAAAGAAGAUUCAGACAAACUCGAUAAAAUGCACUGUCUGGGGGUGUUGCCUACAAGAAGAAAAAUCAUUUCCUUGGCUCAGAUGUUUAGAUUUAAAAGCCAAAUACAUGAUAUUGCUCAGGAAUCAGAAGGACAUCAGAUAAUGUGCACUAAUGUUACUACUACCAAGACAGGGAGACCUCAUGACUUCCAAGAAACAAAACAGGACAUUCCAGCGCAGCUCUCCAUAAGGGACUCCCUCUUGGAUGUGGUCGAAAGCCAGGGAACAGCCAGAUGGAAAGGAGUGCAGGUCCAGGUGGUAGUGCAAAGAGUAUAUUACCUUCCUAUACGGGAUGUCUCCAGAUAUCAACAAGGAAACAACUCUGCUCAGUUGGCUGCCACAUUGGGAAAUGCAGACCUUCACAGUGCUCGAUGCUGCCUUCUUGUCCAGGAUGCUUAUGGGAUAUUCAGUGAAGUACAUUUGGAAUCCCUCUGUUCUCCUCCAGAAGAUAUCUCUCAGCACAACAGACAGUGGGAAGGAAAAUUCUGCAGCCUGGGAGGAAUGAAGAUUUUACAGAGGACCACCAGAGGAAGGGCAGUGGGACUUUUUAGUCUGAUUGAUAGCUUGUGGCCUCCAUUGAUGCCUUUGAAAAUUCCUGGCCAAAGUCAAGACUGUGCAGAGAUGAAAGCUGAUCAGAAGCCUCCCAGUUUCUGUUACAUACUCACUGCUUGUCCAGAGCCAGGAGAAGUUGGUAUAAAAGUAGAAAACACAAUUUCUAAUAUCUACCGGCCCCCAUCCAUACAUUCCUUAAAAGACAUUGUUAAGACAGGUGGUCUUGGGGGUCAUCGGUGCAGUUUCCAGGCCCAAGUGAUAUAUCAAAGGCUUCAGUUAAAAAGUAAUCUUCCUGUGGACCAAAGAGAAAUUUGGCUGACAGUGACCGAUGCCACACUGCAGUUAGAAAAUGCUGGCCUCCCAAAGACUGUGCCAGUGUGUGUGACAUCGUCAUGCGUAAUCACCCCUGAAGUCAUGGAAGCCCUCACAGAUGCAACAUCACAUUCCAUCUUCUUCAAGGAUGUCCUACAAGAAAAUGGUAGACUUAUUUGUAUCGAACGAACUGUCCUCAUGCUUCAAAAGCCCUUUUUGUAUGUGGCUGCUAGUGCUGACACCUCUGAACUGACUAGCCCAGUGAUACUAGAUGAAUUGGAUUCUACCACUCAAGUGAACUGCAUUUGUAGUGUACAAGGCAUUGUGGUUGGCGUGAACGAGAACACUGCUUUUUCCUGGCCUGUAUGUAACAGAUGUGGCAAUGGGAAACUGGAGCAGGACCUCUCAGAAAACAGAGGAUCCUUUCACUGUGGCCGAUGCACCCUCACUGUCACAUCUCCCCUUCUCAAAAUGCACCUAGAAGUGGUUUUGGCCUGCCCCUCUAGACCACAGGGUAAUAUGAAAGUAAAGCUGUUGCAAAGGAGUAUUUCUUCACUCCUGAUGUUUUCCUCCAGUGAGGAUGGGACUUAUGAAGUGAAGAGUGUGCUGGGAAAGAAGGUGGGGCCGUUAAAUUGUUUUGUCCAGACCUUAACCAACCACCCCACAAGCUGCAUGGGAUUGGAGGAAAUUGAACUUCUACCAGCAGGAAGAAACUAAGAUGAAGACUGCCUGUUGCCAUAGUGUCAAUGAACUUUGCAAUGUUGUUACAAAGUUGUUUUGUAGUUACUUGUUAACUAAAGACUAAGAGGAUUUAUAUUCAUUACAAACAGGAUCUUGAAAUGCCACUUAUUUUCAAUUUCUCUGGGAACACAUUCGGAAAAUGAGUCAUUAAUUAUCAAAAUACACUUUUUUCUAUACAAUCAUUAAUUGUAUCAUCAUCAUUUACAGUUGUAGCAAAAUAUAUCAAUGGAGUUUAAAUAUUGCACUAAAAGCUGAAGACUUCUAAAUGGAUUUUGAUGUUUUAAACUUGGAAAGAAAAUUAAAAUUUUUAAAUGUCAUAGUUGGAACAACCUUUUACUGGCAUUCUAAGGCUUCCCCCCCCCCCGCAGUGCUUGAUUUAACACUAUCUCCUGUAGGAACAUACACUUCUACAAUAAAUAUCCAAAGUUCAGUAACUUUGUUAUUUUUAGAAAACAUACUGAGAAACUGUAGCAAAGGUGAAGUUGUUUCCCAUAAAAUGUAGAUAGUUAACCAGUAUGCUAUCAUAGAUCUACUGUAUUAUAAUAGAAGUGUUAGAUAAGUUUUACAGCCUAAUCAUACUGUGAAAUAUGGACCCAGAACAAAGAUUAGGUAGAUUUAAAUACCUCUGUGAGAUUCUAAAUCUCCCCAACUACUGAAAAUUCCUUUUACCUAAAUCGAAGAUAGGAAUAUGGUUAUCUCACUCUUCCUUUGUUGGCAGUGAUUUAAAUUGAAUGUGGGGCCAGGAACUAAUGCUUUGCACCCUAAAAAGAUUUUUUGUAUUGCUUGCUUUCCAACAAUGUGACCAGAAACAUCACGCUGCCAAUUUUAGAGUAUUUACCUAUUUUACCUUAGGAAAAGUCAAUGCAACAGCUAGGCCCAAAGUGUCCUUUUUAGGUUUGAAUGUAUUAGGCUAAGAAAAGAUAGAAUUAUUGUCUCCUCCCACUCACUCCCCUUUUUACCUUCUGCCUUCUUUAAAGAAACUGGUUGGCUUUUUUUCAUCCUUUUUAAAUUUCACCCAGGCCUUAAAGAUCCCUAAAUGUAGUCGGGUUUUCUGCUAGAACAAACUAGACACUAGAACAUACUUUUAAUCACCUGAAGGUGAUUACUACAUACUUUAUACUUUUAAGUUAAUUUGCAGUUUUUUUUUCAGAAAACCUGAGGCAAUGUAAACAAAGAUGGGCAGAUGAAAUCUACCAAUAAUUAAAAAUUAUUUUAGCCAAUAACCUUCCUACCUGCAUUGGAACAGCUAACUAAUUGUAAGGUCACCUAAUUUGAUUCUCACCUCCCUUCUAAGCCCUUCCCUGAUCGAUUUUUUUAAUUAAAAUACUAAAACUGUGUUUUGUGGCCAGAAACCCUCUCCCCACCUCCCACAGACACACCCAGAAGUUUAGGGGAGAUGAGCUUGGUUUAUCUAAAAAAGGAGUUAGUCACUUACUCUGAAUAGGUUAAGUAACUUCUGGGGAAAAAAAUUAUCGUCACAGAAUUGAGCUAGUUCACGAUUAGAUCGCCACCCUGCAAAAUAUUUUUCCCGGUAUGUUAAAAACAAAUAUUCCAGGGUACAUUUGAAUAUAAAUUUAUAGUGACACAUGGCUUAAUUUCGGUAUGUAAAGGUUUUCCAAUACUCUUAAAAGUAUCGAUGGGUAUAGACUUGGGGGGUUUGAAAUACCAAUUAUGGAUUCCCCUUCUUGCUAAUAAACUAAUUUCAACCGCCAGGGCAAGGAAGUUUGAGCUGCUGAGCCUUCCUGGUGUUGACUCACUCGUACAAGCCACAGGGGAAUGAACUUUUACACCACGGAGUCACGUGAGCUACCUGCAUGUUGGUGCAAGCAAGUUUCUCAGUAGUAUGUCCCAGCCUCUCCCUACUGCUGCCAAAGGUGUGGGUCCACCUGUGGCCUUUCCCUACGAACCUUUUCUUCCAAGGUCAUUGUGAAUACAAGAAGCAGGAAUGAUUUAAAAUGCUUUUUUUUAUUCUUAGAAAUACUGUAAAAAUUAAUAUAAAAAGUUGAGCAUGCUCAGGCUUUUCCUCUUAUCUACAAUACAAAGGUUGGGGGGGGGGUUUAAUCUUUUUUUUUUUACAAAUGUACCAUAGCUGCAUCAACAGAAGUAAGAUGUAGAAAAAAAA